AUGUCUCCCGCCAGCAGCCGGUGGCCGGUGUGCCUGCUGGUGGUCACCUGCGUGAUGCCCGGACCGGCCCGGAGUCAGCAGUGCUCCGCGGAGAAAAUGGAAAAUACCAUCGUCGAUAUAAACUUAUCGCUGCCCAGAGGCGUCAGGGGCGCAGAGCCGGGGUACGCCCCAACCCCGGCGGCUUGCCUUCGCGCCUGCUGCUCGGGGGAGAAGCUGCCAGGAGACAAGAAGUGUAAUUUGAUGAUUUUUCAUGCUCGAAGUACGAGCGCGCGUCCAAACUGCUACCUGUUUUACUGCCCGAGCACAGAGGCCUGUCCAAUGAAACCGGCAACAGAAUUUGUGAGCUACAAGAUAACUAGAGACACCCAUGCCCUGGAGGAUACAUCCUUCAAAAGUGAGGACUUUUCUUCAAAUGGGUAUUCUUUGUCUUCGGAGGCUGGACACUUUAUUUCUCCCAGUCAGACUAGCCAUCAGAAUCGUACCGCUGCUUUGCGACAAUCUGUCUUUCAUCAGGCAUCGGAACUCCCGAGCCACGCAGCCGAGCAUUUAGACAACAGCGCGUUUCGUACAGUUUUUCCUGAAUCUCAAAAGGCAAAACAUCCUGAGAGCUUAGACCCCAUCCCGAGGCAGAAAGUAAUUAACCUGCCGUCACAUACGUCUUCUGCUGUUCGAAUUGGAAACCCCUCUGCUUUGUUCCCCACCACUCAUUCUAGCGUUCCUGAACCCAGCAGAGCUACUCUUACUCCUCUGCCUACAAGUACCACCAGGCUGCAAUCUCAUACAACCCCUGUGCCUACUGGUGGUGCUAAACCUACUGCUGUCACCAGCACCACCACAGCUACCUUUCCGCCUACUGCGAACACUAGAGGUAAACCUGGUAUCCCUGCUGCCACCAUCGCUGUUACUCAUGUUCCUCUUUCCAGUCCCACAACUUCUGCUUCAGCUCCAACAACCCAGCGCGUGACUGCGAGUUCCAGAUCUGCUACUGCCCCAUCAGGGCGAAGAACUCCAGCCAUGCCUCCUGAGCCAACAGCUGUCUCUUCCAACGAUACCAGCCGCGUUACCCUCCUCUCUUUUUCAGGUUUCGCUCUGUCUACUAGUGAUUCCCCCACGGCUUCCCAAAACGACCCUCAGGGUUAUGACCCAUCUGAUUCAGAAAGCUACCUGCCAGAGAGUGUUCUGAGAGGGAAAGGUGUUGUUCAGCUGGGAGAAAAAAGCAGCCUUGUAGCGGCUUUGCUUUUUGGGAUGAUAUUCUUGUUACUAGUUAUUGCACUGACGGGGAAGAAAAUACACGAAUCUCUUCAGAAGAGGCAUUAUACCAGGCUGGAUUACUUGAUCAAUGGAAUGUAUUCUGAUGUAUGA